GCAUCACCGAGGUGAUGCAACAGAGCAGCAAAGUGAAAAACUUUUGCUUCGACUCCCACUCCCGGCCUCGCCCCGCAUGCCGAUUCCACUUUCGCUUGCCCCUUUUCCCCAUCUCCCUCUCCCCGAGCCCUAAACCCGCGUACCCAAUGCGGUGACCGUGCGAGGAAACCCGAGCAAAAUCCCCGAUCGCCCGCCACCUGCUCGACGAAAAUUCGCCGGCGGAAAUGGAGUCGAGCAUACUCGACUCGAUCGGCGGGGAGAUCAUCGGCGUGAUGUCCCCGGUCUCAAUCUGCAUGUUCCUCGUGGUCCUCUUGGUCUACGCUCUUUCCCCCUCCAACCCUUUCUCGGCCCCUGCGUCCUCGGCCCCGAUUCGCACCGCCGCGAACCUCGUGUACGUCGAGAACCCGUCGGACUCCGUCGGACAGAAGCUCGAAGGGGCGCUCCUCAAUGCGUUGGUGUUCGUCGUCCUCAUCGCGCUGGUCACUUUCCUCCUUGUGGUGCUUUACUACUACAAGUUCACCAGAUUCCUCAAGUAUUACAUGAACUUCUCUGCCUUCUCCGUGCUGGCCACGAUGGGGGGCUCGAUCUUUCUGUCGAUCAUUCAGCAUUUCUCGAUCCCGGUUGAUUCGAUCACUUGUUUCUUGUUGCUAUUGAAUUUCACGGUCGUGGGUGUAUUGUCUGUGUUCGGUGGGGGGAUACCCAUAUUCUUGAGACAGUGUUAUAUGGUUUGUUUGGGGAUUAUUGUGGCUGUUUGGUUUUCGAAAUUGCCUGAAUGGACGACUUGGGUCUUGCUUGUGGCUUUGGCGGUGUAUGAUUUGGUGGCUGUUUUGGCCCCGGGUGGGCCGCUUAAGAUACUGGUUGAAUUGGCCUCCAGCAGGGAUGAAGAACUCCCUGCUCUGAUUUAUGAGGCUCGUCCGAUUGCACCUCAAAGUGGUGGUGACCGGGGGUCGAGUUUGGGCCUUUUGGUUGCUGGCGUAUCAGAUUCAGGGUCAGUGGAGAUGCAAUCUGUUUCUAGAGACAACCCUAGGAGGAAUGAGACUGCCAGCAACCAUGGUGACGAUGGCAUUCGUAGUUCGAGGAGCGAUGAAGGUGGGAAUAGUCGGGAUGAAGGGGAAACCUCCCCAUUGGUGAGUAAUUUCCGGGAUAGGGACUCGUCGAGCAGCAGAUCAUCGGAGUUCUCGGUGGUGAAUAUCACGCCUAACAGAGGGGGACAGUUUGGAAAUAGGGAGUCGGAGAUUGAGGAAGAAAUGUCCCCGCUGGUUGAAAUGCUGGCUUUAGGGAGUGGGAGAGAGCGGGAAAGGAGAGAUGAUGGGGAGAAUGAUCGCAGUUCUGGUAGAGGAAUUAGACUUGGUCUUGGAGAUUUCGUGUUUUACAGUGUUCUGGUGGGUAGAGCUGCAAUGUAUGAUUUGAUGACAGUCUAUGCUUGUUACCUUGCAAUUGUUUCGGGACUUGGGUGCACCCUUAUAUUGUUGUCUGUGCGCCGCCGAGCUCUGCCUGCCCUUCCCAUAUCCAUCACAUUGGGUGUCAUGUUUUACUUCUUGACUCGAUUAUUAAUGGAACCCUUUGUUGUUGGUGUAGCUACGAAUUUAAUGAUGUUCUAAUUGUCAAUUUUUCAUGAGAGAGAAGACGGGGAGACACUUACAUUGUUUUAGGACAUCACUGAUUUUUGUGGUCUUGGCAUCCAUGUACACAGCUGUGGAAUCCCCCAUAGAAAUAUCACUCUUUUUCAUGUAACUUUCUGGAUGUCCAGGCCCAGUAAUGAGACUUUCUCAGGAAACAUGGUAAUGAAUCUUUUGCAAUA